GCAGCACAGAGGAAAACCUCUUGGCUCACUCACUUUUUGCUGACAUUCAAACAUAGCCCCACCAGAUUUCACAUUUAUAUUUCUCUCGCAAACUCUUGAGCUACUUCAUUACUAGCAUGCGCGCACACCUUUCUGCACCCUUUUCGCCGGCUCUCUCUCACACACUCACACACACCUUCUUGCACUUAGUGGCUCAUUUAGAGAGCUGGAGGAUUUUGCUGGAUAACGCAGUGUUUGCAUUUGUCCGCGGCAUGUGUAAGAGAUCUGGAACGAUGCUGUGAUCUUGCUUCUCCUGCGACGCUACAGAAGAAAGGCUUCUAAAACCUCACUGAACAACACACGGCUGACUGACUUUGAAAGGGAUUUGCUGCAUCAAACCUUCUUCUGCAAUAUCUUUUUUUUUUUUUUUUUUUUUCCUGCCUUUGUUGCCUGACUCUCCUCCAGUCUGGGUUUAAAGCCCUGCUUUUUUUUUUUUUUUUUAAGCUUUUCACCUCUAAGACUCUGUCACAUCAUGUCCCUCUUCUCUUCAGCAUCGUAUACCUGCUUUGACCCGGCUACUUCCUGCAGACAUUAUGAGCAAUCUUUAGAGGAUGUGAGGCUCAGCUUCUCCCUGGGGUUUCUCCGCUUUCUGUCUCCAUCCCACUCACUUCAUUAGCUCAUCUUUUCCUCUUUUUCUUCUCUAACAAUCUGUUUUGGUGUCAUCCACUGCCUCUUCUCUCUUCAUGUCUCUUUCCUUCUCUUGCAUUGGCUUUUCCCUCCUGCAUUGCCCACUUUCAUCUUCCUCUCUCUCACUCUGUUCCAAUUCUCUGCUCCCCUCUCUGCCCUACAUUUUUGUCUCUGCAGCCCACUGAUGCCCAUUUCUCUCAUCUGAUUUUUGGGUGAUUUGUUUUGCUAUCUCUUUUGGACAGUAUUGUGGAUUUACCAAUCAAAAAUUACUGCCUUUUUGGAGGAUUGUCCUUCAGUGCCACUUUGUAAGCUGGAAAUUUGAAAUAAAGCACAAAGCUCUGUUCUUCUGAAACAUUUUUUAACUUUUACAUCGGGAUUAAUAUACUUGAUAAUUUGGUUGGCUUCGAUGACCUGAUUCAUUGCACAAGAAGAUGAUCCGAUUGCAAGGGAAUAAUCUCAUCAAGUGGAGUUGCAAAGUUUGAAUAUGUGAUCGGAGCACCUCCUCUUCGAGGAAGCGUCUUUCAGCAAUCAUCUACAUCCUCUAGGACUUGGACUCCCUGCGGUGACGGAACUAAAAAUGUGCGUUCUGACAGAGGAUGAUUACAUAUCGUUUUGUGCAGUGAAAAGGGAAUUUUUGCUAGGUCAAAGGUCAUGACAUAAAUCGGAUGGAUUGAUUUGCAAGAAACUUGACCACAAAUUACUUCAAGUCAGACAAAGUGUCUCUGCAAGCUGGAAAGGAUGACAUGAUAAUGUUGGUGCCCUUUAUCCAUCCGGAUUCUUUACAGUAAACCUUUUCGUACCAUGAAUAUAUCUGUUACCAGUGAUAGUCAGGUUUCCAGUCCAGAAGAACUUGGAUCCAUUUUUGGAAAUAUUCAGAAACACCUCUCCAGUUGUUCUGCCUUUGUACAUCCACGUUUUCCAACCAUGAUUGCUUUAAUCGCUUGCUAGAAGCCGGAAUAGAAACUCCUCCUAGUUGUUGGCUCUAUGCUGGUUCUUGGGCCCAGCAGUACAACGUGGGCUCUGUGGCCCGACCUGGAGCUUGUUGCCCCUCCGAUAAAAUGGAGAACAGUGGCUGUAUCCCUCUCUGCUGGAGCAAAGGGGCCUGCAUCUAUGCGCAGCAUCCGCUACCAAAAUAUGACGGCCAGUUAGCCCCAGCAGGACCAUCCGAGUCAGGCAUGGCAUCGUCUUCCUACCUGGAGCCCAGCCUCAAUCACUCGACAGCGGGCGGUUGCGGGGUAAAAUCCCGGCCAGGAAUGCCUGGAGCUCCCGGCACCAGUGGCUCUGCUGGGGGGCUGGAGCGACCUCCUGGCUCCAUGGACCGGGUUCUCAAAAUCUUCCACUACUUCGAGACAAACAGCGAACCAAGCACCUGGGCGAGUAACAUCAGAUAUGGAGACGCUACGGAUGUCCGGGGUGUUAUCCAGAAGAUAGCAGAGAUCCACAAGUUGCGCUGCGUGUCGUCUCUGGGCCUCCGUUUGACCCAUUUGCACUCUGACGCUCUGCACUGGUUACAUCCAGAUCUGGGCGUGUCUCACGUCAGAGAGAGAUUUGAGAAACAGCAUCCACAGGAAGAGUGGCGGUACGAGCUGCGGAUACGGUACUUUCCUAAAGGUUAUCUCAGCCAUUUCUCUGAAGACAAACCCUCUCUCAACUACCUCUAUCACCAGGUGAAAAGUGAUUAUAUGCAACAUUUAGCUGACCAGGUGGAUCAAGAUGUUGCACUGAAACUAGGCUGUUUGGAAAUAAGGAGGUUCUUCAGAGAGAUGCCAGGAAAUGCUCUUGAUAAGAAAUCAAACUAUGAGCUACUAGAGAAGGAUGUGGGUUUGAGACGGUUCUUCCCUAAAAGUCUGCUGGACUCCCUAAAGGCCAAGACUCUUCGUAAGCAGAUUCAGCAGACCUUCAAACAGUUUGCUAACCUCAACGAUGAGCAGAGCAUCCACAAGUUCUUUGAGAUUAUCACUCCCAUCUACCCCUUUGACAAGGAGUGCUUCAAAUGUGCUUUAGGGUCUAGUUGGGUAAUAUCAGUAGAGCUGGCAAUAGGGCCAGAGGAAGGAAUCAGCUACCUCACAGAUAAGGGCUCAACUCCAACACACUUAGCUAAUUUUAACCAAGUCCAGUCUAUCCAAUACUCUGCUUUGGAAGAAAAGGACAGGAAAGGGAUGCUUCAGCUGAACGUCGCUGGAGCUCCAGAGCCCCUCACUGUCACGACAGCGUUGCUGAAUACAGCAGAAAACAUGGCCGACUUGAUUGACGGUUACUGUCGUCUCGUCUCCUCGGUUACGCGCUCCUUCAUUGUUAGAGUUCAUAAAGAGGGAGACAGAGCUCUUCCUUCGAUACCAAAAGUUUCAAAUCAUGAGAAGCGGAUGGAGAAGCGGAUGGAUGGCGUACGCACCCGGGCUGUUUGCGUGUCAGGUCACAUUAGUGGCGAUGAAACAGACGACUACGCUGAGAUCAUCGAUGAGGAGGACACCUACACCAUGCCUUCAAAAUACUAUGGACUAGAUCAAGCGCGGGACUACGAGAUUCAGCGGGAUUGCAUUGAGUUGGGGCGCUGCAUCGGUGAGGGUCAGUUUGGAGAUGUCCACCAAGGAGUCUACAUCAGCCAGGAGAACCCAGCUCUGUCUGUGGCGGUGAAGACGUGCAAGAAUUCGACGUCAGACAGCGUCAGGGAAAAAUUUCUGCAGGAAGCCUUGACCAUGCGUCAGUUUGACCAUCCUCACAUAGUGAAGCUGAUGGGAGUCAUUACAGAGAAUCCGGUGUGGAUCAUCAUGGAGCUCUGCACACUUGGGGAGUUGCGGUCGUUUCUCCAGGUUAGGAAGUACAGUCUAGACCUGGCCACUCUCAUCUUGUACUCUUAUCAGCUCAGCACAGCACUGGCGUACCUGGAGAGCAAACGCUUCGUACACAGGGACAUUGCAGCGCGAAAUGUGUUGGUCUCCACCGUCGACUGUGUAAAGCUGGGGGACUUCGGCCUUUCCAGAUACAUGGAGGACAGCUCUUAUUAUAAAGCAUCUAAAGGUAAAUUGCCCAUUAAAUGGAUGGCUCCAGAAUCCAUCAACUUCAGACGGUUCACUACAGCCAGCGAUGUCUGGAUGUUUGGCGUCUGCAUGUGGGAGAUCCUGAUGUACGGCAUCAAGCCUUUCCAGGGCGUGAAGAACAACGACGUCAUCGGCAGGAUAGAGAACGGCGAGCGCCUGGCCAUGCCCCCUCAGUGCCCCCCGACCCUGUACAGCCUGAUGACAAAGUGUUGGUCGUACGAUCCCAGCAAGAGGCCACGAUUCAAUGAACUUAAAACACAACUCAGCACGAUAUUGGAGGAGGAGAAGCUCCAGCAGAAAGAGAGGAACAGGAUGGAGAUGAGGCGGCAGGUCACCGUUUCCUGGGACUCAGGAGGGCCGGAUGAAGCUCCACCCAAACCCGUCCGCCGUCCAUCCCUUCAGCCCACCUUCAGCCUGGAUUGUAUUUCUGCUCCUCCUCUUCAUCACUGCCAAAAAAACCAGCGCUUUGCCUCUCAGCUUUCUCUCCGCACUGGAAACGCUCAUCCAUCAUCUCCCUCCUCUUCCUCCCACUCACCCGCUCCACCUCUCUCCUCGCUACCUCUGAAUUUUCCCCCUCGUCUUUUCUCUACCAGUUCUGAGCCUAACUCGCCUUUACUACAAAGAGCACCUCUUUAUAAAAGGUCUUUAUCUGAGGAAACAUCUAAGUUAAACUCUGAUUUGACAUUUUCUCCUUUGUGGUUUCCCCCAACCCACACUGGGACCCCCAUCACAACCAACGCCCCAGCCAACAGCAGCCAUUCCUUUCCUUGGCAUUUCUCUCCACUCCUUCCCCAACCCAGUCCAAACUUUGACUCGCUGCGCUGCAGUUGGUCAAAUUCUUGUCCUUAUAAGCAGUCACCGCCUGGCUUUCCCAGCUUUCACCCCGACACCCAGACUAAUCCUUACACCAUUGACCUUCUGACCCAGCAUGCUGCAGUGCAGUCAGGUUGGAGCGCCCCGCUUUUCCCUCCCCACACUGACGAUGUCCUUUCAGUGUCCUGUAAUCUGUCCUCGGCCAGCCUUCGCUCACCCAGUCCAAUGUCAGCCUCCCACAUGCUGCUAGCUCCUCCAUCUUCUGAAGGAGCCGUGUCCAGACCCUUUCAGCCAAGUAGACCAGGCUACCCCAGUCCCCGCUCCAGUGAAGGUUUCUACCCCAGUCCUCAGCAUCCUGGACAUUACCAGAUGGCAGCAUAUCCAGGCCCACACACCCUGCCCUCUGUGCCCAGCGCCCUGUACCCUCCACAGGCCGCUAUGGUGGACACGCAUCACGCGCACACACACCCCCGCCACCACGUCCACACGCACUCACACACACAGCUGCUUCCUCAGCCGCACGGGACCGACAUGGGUCUGUGGGGCUCUGUGAUGGAGGACAGGGCAGUAGACAUGCAGCAGUGUGUAGGCCAGCAGUGCCUGUUAAUGGAGGAGCAGCUGAUGAUACAACAGCAGCAGAUGGAGGAGGAUCAGAGGUGGCUGGAGCAGGAGGAAAGGCUGCUGAAACCAGAUACAAGGAGCUCUAGAGGGAGUCUGGACAGAGAAGACAGCGGACUGCAGCCCCCGACAGGAAACCAGCACAUUUACCAGCCUGUUGGCAAAUCAGACCAUGUGGUUCCCCCCAAAAAACCUCCUCGACCGGGGGCCCAGAGCCAAGUGGGUAGUCUGGCUUGUCUAAACACUGUAGACAGCUACAACGAUGGUGUCAAGCCCUGGCGGCUGCAGCCUCAGGAGAUAAGCCCACCCCCGACCGCCAAUCUGGACCGCUCCAAUGACAAAGUGUAUGAGAACGUGACGGGAUUGGUCAAAGCUGUGAUUGAGAUGUCGAGCAAGAUUCAGCCGGCUCCUCCAGAGGAAUACGUCCCGAUGGUUAAGGAUGUGGGCCUGGCCCUGAGGACGUUACUGGCCACAGUCGAUGAGACUCUACCUCAACUUCCAGCCAGCACACACAGAGAGAUCGAGAUGGCCCAGAAGCUGUUGAACUCUGACCUGGCAGAGCUGAUUGGAAAGAUGAAGUUAGCCCAACAAUAUGUGAUGACAAGUCUCCAGCAAGACUACAAGAAGCAGAUGCUGACAGCGGCUCACGCUCUCGCCGUCGACGCCAAGAACCUCUUGGACGUCAUCGACCAGUCGCGGCUGAGGAUGAUGGCCCACUCCCGCCCUCACUAGCCCCCUCUACAGGAGACCGAGCGCCUCUAUGGUUUCUGUUGGAGAACUGGAGACUCGUGGAUACCUUGUGUGUGUCAGUCCUCAGAGCAAACGGCAGCGGUGGCAGCCGGAGUGGACAAUGGCUGCACUCUGGUUCAAUCACUUUCCUCAGUCCUACUUUAACCACUGUGACUUUAUUUAACAAAAGAUCAGAGCAGAAACACUUCCUGAAUCAGAGACUUGGCUUCUCCCCUGGGAGAGAAGGUGACCCAAGUUGAUUUUUAAGCUGGAUGUGAAGGUUUAUAAAAGCUUACAACGGUAUCAAAACACUAUCAUGGGAGAGAUUUUUAAGCUUGAGCUGCUGUCAUCAGGGGGAAGGGCUGGUUGGACUGUGAUUAAUCUGAAACAUAUCUCUGUGAAACCAAACAGAGGGAGUGGACUUCAGCCAGCAGCCGUCUGUGAGCGUUUUGUUGAAGUCAGUCGGAAGUUUUCAGCCUCGGUUUUGAACUUUCCAAUCGGCGAAAACAGAAAGCUGGCAGAUAAGACCUCAGAGAUAUUUUCUGCUCUGAUUCGGUCCCAGAUGUUGCUUUCUACGGACGUUUUCAACAAGAGAGAGACGGGGUUUGCUCUGGAACAGCAGCCUGCCGUCUUCUCCUGUGUUUCCUCUGUCUCACCAGCUUUUAUUUAUAAACUCAAAUUACAGAGGAGACAGAGGGAGGAACAGGAAUUCACCAUUCAGGACUUUCUGGAGAAACGGCACACUGUCCUCUUCCUUCGCCUCUGUUUGACUGACUCUUUGCUUCUCACCGGUCUUCCUCCGCUCAUCUCUGAGCUGGUUUUAAAGACUCCAAAUGUGAAGAAUUCAAACCUGUCUGGGUGACACGCCACCACUUCCAGGACACUGUCAGCUUCCCUGUUUAUUCUAUUCUAUUCUUUCCUUUUCGUUGGCUGGCUGGCUCCAUGGUUUUACAUGUUGUUUUUGAAGCAGUGACGUUCUUCUUCCUGUAACUUCAAUCCCAGGAAAGAGGGAUGAGCAGAAACGGUGAAAUAAGUUAGACUUAACCUAUUUAUGUAAGUAAGGCAUCUACUCCUCUUUACUCCCUCCUGAUAUUUACUCCCACUACAGCUGUUCCUCACGGGAAAACCCGCGUAAACACCGUCGUGUUUCCGAUCACCCUCUCAGCGGCACCAAACCUGCACUUUGCUGGGCCAAAACCAAACCAACACCCAGAACCUUUGUGAGUCCCUUGUUUCUGUCAGGUGCAACACUUUAAAAAUGCCCCUCCUGGCAACGGUCUCACAGGUAAACAAAUAUAACCGCGAGAAAAUGCGGACCGGAAACUUGUUGCGCUGAUCACCUGCAGCGUGACGACAGGAAACAUCUUGGCCACCGUACUGGUGUAGCAUGAUAUACUGGUAAGGAGAAGAGCAUAUUUGCACAGCACCUAAAAGAAAAAAAAAUAAACACUUGUUUUGAUGGAUUUAAUCCAAAUAAACUCAAAUGUUCGUCUCAUGUUCAACCAGCAAUGAAAGGAGAUCGAACAUUUGAGUCCGACGUGGAUUAAAAUAUUUCAGAACAUACGCAUAUGGCAAAAG